AUGGCAUUACGUCUAGCUUUAAGUCUAUGUGUUUAUCUGCUGUUUACACAAGGUGCACAGGGAAACACUGAUGAUUUUGAUUGUGUGGAAAUAUACAAACAACCAGCUUUCCAACAUCCAUUGUUGAAAGAUCACAAGAUCCAGGAAACAUUCAGCCUAGAUGGAAAAAUUGAAAGAAGCAACAAAUAUAAUACAAAAGAGCAUUGUCCAAAAGGAACCGUUGCAAUUUUGAGACAAAGAAAUGUAUCCAAGGGCGUUCAUUUGAAUACCGCCGAGUAUUCUGGUCAACAUUUUGCAACAAUUGAGACCAUUUUAGAUGGAAGUAUAUAUCGGGGAGCAGAAGCUGAUAUAAGUAUUCAUGAUUUGAAACUGCAAAAUAACCAAUACAGUAAAAGUCAAAUAUGGUUAGAGAAUGGACCUCCAGGUCAACUCAAUAGUAUACAAGCUGGUUUGGCAGUACAUCCAAGAUUGUACGGUGAUAGUGUCACACGAUUUACAAUAUAUUGGACUGGAGAUGGUUAUCAGAAAACUGGGUGCUAUAAUACACAAUGCCCUGGCUUUGUGGUUGUAAGUCGAAAUUCAAGAAUUGGAAGCGGAUUUUGGGGAACAUCUGUCUAUGGUAAAACAAGUCUUACGUUUAAAUUGCAAGUUUUUCAGGAUGGCUUCAGCGGAAAUUGGGCACUUAAAAUGUUUGAUGAAGUCAUUGGUUAUUGGCCUAAAGAGUUAUUUUCACAUUUGAAUAAUGGAGCUUCUCUAGUAAGAUAUGGAGGAAAUACUUUUGAAUCUCCCGAUGGAAUCAGUCCUCCAAUGGGCAAUGGGUUUUUUCCAGUUGCGGACUUUAAAAAGACGGCACAUUUUAAUAACGUCGUUGUUAUAAACUCGGACUAUAAAAGAGUUUACAUUGAAGGUAGGAAAAUACGACUUUAUGUCGAUUCCUAUAAUUGUUUUAGGGCGACAUAUUGGGGUUAUACCAAAUCUACAGGAGAAGCCUUUUCAUUUGGAGGACCAGGUGGAAAUUGUGGUUUUUGAUGAUUUGAU